UCCUUUCCCUCUUUAUCCUCUCUCUCUCUCUCUCUCACUUCUCUCCCACUGUAGGUACUCUGGAAAGAGUUGAGAUAUUGUUAGCUGAUGUUUUUAAGGCUCUAUGUGAACUGGAUCCAUCUAAAGCAAUGGAUGCAGAUGGUAUUGGUCCCAAAAUUAAGUCCUGUGCAACUGCACUGUGUGCAUGAGCCACUCCAUCAUCUAUUCUGUGUCUCUCUCAUCACAUUAUGUAUCCCAUCUGAGUGGAAGCUACACUGUAUUCAUCCCAUUCACAAGUCGGGUGUUUCAAUUUCAAAGGUCUUAGAGGGGCUAAUUUAGAGGCUAAUUAGAGGGGCUUGUCCCUUAUGGACAAGGUGCUGGUACUGUUUGGUUGAAUGAUGUCAUUUGUACUGGGACUGAGAAUACAUUGUUUGAGUGCUCCUAUUCAGGAUUCGGCAUUCAUACCGUAUAACGCUUUAUUAUGGCAAUUUUGCUGUAAAAUUGUAAUUGGCGGUUUUUAAUUUGGCGAUUUUUAUGUACACGUGCAUACUUGUUGAAUUAUUCUAAAUUCUAAUGCGUAUUGACAGUGAUUUGGAGACCAUUCAAUGUAGCUAAACAUGAGAGACUUAAGGACACUUACAUUGUAUGCUAAAUGGGAGAUUUCAGGAGACCUAUUUAUACCAAGAUCAGCAGUUUGCUAUGGUUUCUCUGGUACUAUUGCUAAUUCAGCCAAUGUAUACAUCAGUCAAGGAUUCUCUAAAGUCGCUGGUAGGUACAGUGAAGGGACUAUUGUUAGCUACUCGUGCAAUGACCACUUUGCUCCUCUUGAUGGUCACACUACAGUACAAUGUACCACCAGUGGCUCUUGGUCUCCUAAUGUACCUCAAUGUGCUGUAAGUUGUCCAGCCCUUAACAAGCCUUCCAAUGGAGCUCUAUCAACCACAGCAACUAGCCCUGGAGUCAUAGUCACACUGUAUUGUAAUGAUGGAUACAUGUUGCAUGGUACUCCUAACAUUACUUGUCUUGUCAACGGAUACUGGAGCAACACUCUUGCUACCUGUAAUCAACUUAUUUGUCCUAAUCUUGUUCUUGUCCCUCAUCUUGUUAUUGAGAACACUCCUGCUUGCACACCUGGUAGUGUCAUCACAUUCAGUUGUGAGGCUGGCUUUGUUGUUAGUGGAAAUAGAACUAUCUUGUGCGAUAAAACUGGCCACUGGAACAGCACACUGCCUUCCUGUAUAUCAUCAAAUUCAACAAACACAGCUCAUAGCACCAGCAACAGUAAGAGUUUGGCUCUUAUUGGAGGUGUCUUUGCUUUUGUGCUGGUUGUAUUAGCUGUUGCCAUGGUCGUUAUUAUCAUAUUAUUUGUUGUGUGGGUACGAAGGCAAAAGCGUAUUAGCUUGAGCAUUAGAUCAGAUCAAGAUGAGCAGAUACACUUGAUAAACCCGAAUGAAGAUGAUGAGGAUGAAGAUGAAACUAGUGCUGAUGAAGGACAACUGAGCAUUGCACGUGGAACUGUUCGGUUCCAGCCGCUUUAUUCUGAAGACAAAGAGGAGGAGGAUGAUGAAGAUCCGAUUAAUUUCGAUCAAGAUGACAAAUAACUUUUUUUUUUGAAACUCAACAAACACACACACAUUUGCUAUUAUUGUACUGCAAUGAUUUUCUACUGCUUCUUAUUGUGAUGGCACUCCCUCUCUACAGCCAUUUUGAUUUAUAGCCUACCUGGUGUAACCUUUGUUUGAUGUUUUAUUCUUUUAAUUAAUGACAA